AUGGUGGAUGAGGUGGAUGUGGAGGAACCGGGGAGGUCAGCAUCUGCGGGGGCUGGAGCUGGAGCUGGGACUGGAGGUGGAGCCGGGGGAAUCAAGAGGAAUGGAUUGAGCGUGGAUGAGAAUGGGGAGGUGACCAAGGUGCCUGCGUUCUUGACCAAGCUGUUCAGUAUGGUUUCUGACCAAGAUACCAAUGCGCUCAUCUACUGGUCGCCCAAGGGAGACUCAUUCCUUAUCCCGCACCAGGAGGAACUCGCCAAGAAGAUCUUCCCCCGGUACUUCAAGCACUCCAACUUCCAGAGCUUUGUCCGCCAGCUCAACAUGUAUGCGUUCCACAAAGUCCCCCACACCUCCAUCACCCCAACCGGCGAAGCCGAGCUCUGGGAAUUCAUCAACCCCCUUUUCAAGCGAGACCACCCCGAGCUCCUCGGCAAAAUCACGCGUCAACAGCGCGCUGGCGGUCCUCCCGCCCCUCUCUCGUCUGUCGCCUCGGCCGGUUCGCGCUCGUCCGCGCGCCAAGCGCAAGCGGCCCAAACUCAAGUCAUUUCCCCCGGCGGCACCUACCAUCCCUUGCACCUCAUCACGGACGGCACGACACAGGGCGAGGCCAAUAUGGUCAUCUCCCCACAAGGCAUGCUGGAACUCUCAGCGAUCACGUCGGGGAUAGCCGCCAUCCAGCGUACGCAAGCGAGUAUCGGCGCUGACCUCAAGGCGCUGCAAUCGAAUAAUGAAUUGUUGUGGCGGGAGGCGAUGGAGCAGCGGGAGAAGCACAAGAAGCACCAAGAGACGAUUGAUCUGAUUGUGUCGUUUCUCGAGAGAUUGUUUGGGACGGACGGGGAGGGGCUCAAGGGGUUGAAGGAGGCGAUGAGGCGGUCGGGACUUGCGAGGGCGGGAGGAGGGGGGUCGACGCCGGCGAGGAAGAAGAGGAGGUUGGGGAUGGAUAGGAUGAUUGGGGAUGGGAGGGAGGAGGAUGGGUUGAUGGAGAUCUCGUCGGCCUGGGAUACGGCCGCUGGACGUUUCACGACGCUCCCGUCGGACGGCGAACCGUCCCCACUCCCUACUCCGGGCCCAGGCGGAGGGACAGGCACCGCCUCCACAACUUCCAACACUCCCAGUGACCCCUACGCGCUCGCGCUCGCCCCAUACUAUCCCUCCAACUCCAACGCGGCCUCCAACCCCGCUUUCGGCGUCAAUGGCACGUACGCCCAAACGACCAACGGGGCAGCCAACAUCAACGGGAAUGUAUACGACACCCAUACCGCCUUUGAUUUUGACCCCACCUCGUCCCAUCUCCAAUCGCAGGCCGCCCAGGCCGCAUCGGCGUACAACCUCGAUCCGUCUUUGCUGCAGACGACGAUCGGCUCGCUUUUACAAUCACCGGCGGCGGCGCAGAUGUUUUUGAACAGUCUCAAGACGUCUGCGCAGGCUCAGCAUCUUCCUUAUCCGAAUGGGAACGGCCAAGGCGGGGGCAGCAACGGGACCGGCAACGGCAACGGCAACGGCGGCGGCCCCGAUCCCACUCUGGCGCUGUUCAACCCGCUCCCCAGUCCCAGUCUGGAGGAUAGUCAACUCCUAGCAAACCAGGCCGAGUUGAUGCGGAAUUACGAGAAUGCGAUAGGGGUCGGAGGGGACGUUGAGAGGAUGCAAAAGGGGAUAGAUGAGUUGGUUAGGAGUAUGGGGCUGGAUGUGGGGGCUGGGGCUCUAGAACAGGGGCAAGGUGGGGGCAGUGGUUUGUCGCCUGUUUCAGAAGGCGGAGGAGGUCCGGGGGGAGGUCCGGGGGCAGGGGUGGAUACGUCCCUAGAUGAGAUCUUUGGGGUGCCUAACCAGGACUCGCAGGGGCGGGGGUCGGGGCGAAGAGUAGAUGGAGUUGAGAGUCAAAAUGGGAGGAGAGCAGCUCUGGGGCAGGGACAAGCGGGUCAGCCUGAAUUGGAUAUGGACAUUCCGGAUGGCUUUGACGUGGAUCAGUUCUUGAAGGAUCUGCAGGAGGAUUAG